AUGGGAAAGUACACCGAAGAGCAAUUGUUUGAAAUCCAAGAAGAGGCCCACGUUCCACAACCUCAAAUUUUGGAAGCAUUCAACCAAAUGGUGGAACUGGUUAAGGAACAUGCCGCUGCAGAAUAUGAAAAGCAUAAGAAUAUCAAAUGGGGUAAUGGUGACACCUACAUUGACGAACGUGGUAACGAAAGACCAUACCACCACUUAAAUAGAAGAAGAGCUUCCCGUACCGGUACCAAGCCAAAUUUGAGAAAGAAGAGUGUGGACACUGUCAAGGUUGACGAAGAUGGGUGGGCUACUUUAACCAAGCCAAAGAAGUCCUUUGGUUCUGAAGAUGCUGUUGAAGAAAGAACCAAGUUCAGAGAAGGCUUGAAGGAUCCACAACAAAUAAAGGUUAAGCCAAACAAUAAGAACUUGGGCUCCUCCAAGGCUGUGGAUCCUAGAGAUGCCAUCGCAGACAAACAGACUAUUUCCUUCAAUGCCUUUGAAGCUUUGGGUGAUGAUGAUGACGACUAG